AUGCGGUGGCGGCGGCUGCGCCUCCGCCGGGACGCGUUGCUCACGCUGCUGCUCGGCGCCACGCUGGGCCUCCUGCUCUACGCUCAGCAUGAUGGUACGGCCCUGACGACGACGAGUGCGCCGCGGGCGCCAGGCAGGGCGGCGUCAAGGGCCACUCUGGGGCCCCGCGCGUUCCAGGCCGCAGACCCAGACACGGAUGCAGCCCCGCCGGCCUACGAGGGGGACACGCCGCCGCCACCCACGGCCACGGGACCCUUUGACUUUGGCCGCUACUUGCGUGCCAAGGACCAGCGGCGCUUUCCGCUGCUCAUCAACCAGCCGCACAAGUGCCGGGGAGAGGGCGCCCCCGGGGGCCCACCCGACCUGCUCAUAGCCGUCAAGUCCGUGGCGGCCGACUUCGAACGGCGCCAAGCCGUGCGCCAGACGUGGGGCGCUGAGGGGCGCGUGCGGGGGGCGCUCGUGCGCCGUGUGUUCUUGCUGGGCGUGCCCAGGGGCGCAGGCGCGGAGGGGGCAGGCACGCAGAUGCACUGGCACGCCCUGCUCCACGCCGAGAGCCGGGUGUAUGCGGACAUCCUGCUCUGGGCCUUUGAUGACACUUUCUUCAAUCUAACGCUCAAGGAGAUCCACUUUCUGUCCUGGGCCUCGGCCUUCUGCCCCGAGGUGCGCUUUGUUUUUAAGGGCGACGCCGAUGUGUUCGUGCACGUGGGGAACCUGCUGGAGUUCCUGGAGACACGGGAUCCAGGGCAGGACCUGCUUGCGGGUGAUGUGAUUGUGCAAGCGCGGCCAAUCCGCGUGCGGGCCAGCAAGUACUACAUCCCUGAGGCGGUGUACGGCCUGGCCGCGUACCCGGCUUAUGCAGGCGGCGGCGGCUUUGUGCUUUCGGGGGCCACUUUGCGUCGUCUAGCUGGCGCCUGCGCGCAGGUCGAGCUCUUCCCCAUCGAUGACGUCUUCCUGGGCAUGUGCCUGCAGCGUCUGCGGCUCACACCCGAGCCGCACCCUGCUUUCCGCACCUUUGGCAUCCCCCAGCCUUCGGCGGCGCCCCACCUCCGCACCUUCGAUCCCUGCUUUUACCGCGAGCUGGUUGUAGUGCAUGGGCUCUCCGCCGCCGACAUCUGGCUUAUGUGGCACCUGCUGCACGGGCCACACGGGCCGGCCUGCGCGCGCCCUCAGCCUGCUGCUGCGGGCCCGUUCCGGUGGGACUCCUAGCAGGCCCAGGAGACAGCGAGAAGGAUCUGCUGGGCAGAUGACCGUGGUCCUUGUGCUUCCUCCGCACAGCAGAAGGGAGUUUGGAUUUGGCUUCGGCUGGCUCACACCAAAGUGCUCAGACUCGCUUCCCUGCGGUAGCCUGAGCUGAGGUGGUGGCGGUCUAUCUUGUGCCCAGCAGGUCCUGGAGCAGUGGAUGUUUCUGGCCCUCCUAGCAGCAGAUCGGUGUGUGUCAGCUAGGGGCGGCGGGGCUCGCGGAAUCCUGUCACUCCCUGCUUCGCACAGGGGAAUGCAGGCGCAGGCAGGUCUCCUUCCUCAAGCCAGCCCCCGGGGGAGGGGGAGGGUAACCUGGCAGGCCUUCUGCCACAGCUCUGUCUGAAGUAGUCUCUGCUCCCCACCUGCCCCUCCACAUUGGGUUCCCAGCCCUGUCCAGCUCUUUGGGAUCUGCUUUCCUAGGGCCAACCCCUUCUGGACAUAAGGUCUGGCUGCGACACACAGGGUGGGGCCCCAGACAGGGACAACUGAGUGUUGGUUUCUCCUGAAGUCUCCCCAGCUCACACAGCCACACAUCUGCACCAGCCUCUUACUGGAGCCCCCCCCCCCCCCCCCCCGCCAUCCUCAGAAACAAACCAACCAGCCAACACCCCUGCUUACUUUAGUA